AUGUCGAAUGACGAAAGAAGAGUCGUGGCGGCUCAGACAACUGCGGACGACGAUGAGCCUGAUGAGUGGGACAAAAGGAUCUUCAGCACGGGGUGUGCGGAUGAAAAUGCGAAGUUGACGGAUUGUUACUACGAGAAGAAGGAUUGGCGAGCGUGUAAGAAGCAGAUGGAGACGUUUCGAGAGUGCUGGAAGAGGCACGGGAAUGAUAAGAGAACUGAUGCCAAAGAUUUACGAUGA